CAGAGAUGAGGUGUGUUGCUCUCUGAGGAGAACAAGGCUGACUGGAACGCUGGAAAUCUGGCUCUGACUGCUCUUCACAGGCAAGGGGCAUCUUUUGUGGACUGAAGUUUCUGGAAGGGAUGUUGUGAAAGGAAAGGUGAAACUUUUACAUAUAUCUCCACAUACCUAUACACAGAGUACUUGAAUUUCUUCUCAGAAAGCUAUCCUAUAUACUCAAGAAUGUUUCAGACCUUUAAAGAAUGGUUUUGGUUGGAAAGAUUCUGGCUUCCUCCAACAAUCAAGUGGUCAGAUCUUGAAGAUCACGAUGGACUCGUCUUUGUAAAACCCUCUCAUUUGUACAUGACAAUCCCAUAUGCUUUUGGCUUGCUGAUCAUUAGACAUUUCUUUGAAAAGUUUAUUGCUACUCCUCUAGCAAAAUCAUUUGGCAUUAAAGAGGAAGUUCGAAAGAAGAUUACACCAAAUACCAUCUUAGAGAACUUUUUCAAACAUUCCACAAGGCAACCAUCUCAAACUGAUAUUUACGGACUGGCAAAGAAGUGUAACUUGACAGAGCGUCAGGUGGAAAGAUGGUUUAGGAGUCGGCGGAAUCAAGAGAGGCCGUGCAGGAUGAAGAAAUUCCAGGAAGCUUGCUGGAGAUUUGCAUUUUACUUAAUGAUUACUGUUGCUGGAAUUGUCUUUCUUUAUGAUAAACCUUGGGUCUAUGACCUGUGGGAGGUGUGGAAUGGCUAUCCCAGGCAGCCCUUGCUGCCGUCCCAGUACUGGUACUACAUUUUGGAGAUGAGUUUUUAUUGGUCUCUGAUAUUUAGCCUUGGCUCUGAUGUUAAGAGGAAGGAUUUUCUAGCUCAUGUCAUCCACCACCUGGCUGCUCUUAGUUUGAUGAGCUUCUCUUGGUGCGCUAAUUAUAUUCGCAGUGGGACCCUCGUGAUGAUUGUGCAUGAUGUGGCAGACAUUUGGCUGGAGUCUGCUAAGAUGUUUUCUUAUGCCGGAUGGAAGCAAACCUGUAACACCCUGUUUCUCAUCUUCUCUACCAUAUUUUUCAUCAGCCGCCUCAUUAUCUUUCCCUUCUGGAUUUUAUACUGCACAUUGAUUCUGCCUCUGCACUACCUGGAGCCUUUCUUCUCAUACAUCUUCCUCAACCUCCAGCUCCUGGUCCUGCAAGCCCUUCACCUGUACUGGUGCUACUUCAUCCUAAAGAUGCUCAGAAGAUGUUUAUUCAUGAAGAACAUCCAGGAUGUGAGGAGUGAAGAUGAGGAUGAGGAUGAGGAUGAAGAAGAAGAGGAAGAGGAGGAGGAGAAGGAAGAAAUCACCAAAGGCAAAGAGAGAGACUGUUUGAAGAAUGGCCUUGGGGCCAACAGGGACCUUAUUCCCAACGGUCAACAUAGCCAUUAGCUUGAAGCCCACGUAGCUCCUGGGGCACAGUGUGCUCUGAGGGCUGCUGGAAGCCAGAGUUGCUUCCCCCUCCAUCCCUGUGGCCUACAGGAGCUACAGGGGCCCCCAAUUCUGCCCUCCCCUCUUUUUAACCACCAUGUUCCCUCCUCCCAAUAUGUAUUUAAAAAAAUGUUGUUCACUUGUGUUGAAACGUUAAAUAUAGCAUCCCUAUGGAUUUUACUGCA